AUAGGUCCUGAUUGUUUCAGUUCAAAGAACCUUGCGCUGCAAGCACAGAAAAAGCUCCUGAGUAAAAUGGCUACCAAAACUAUGGCUAACAUGCUCAUCGACGACACAAGCAGUGAAAUAUUUGAUGAGUUAUAUAAAGUAACUAGAGAACAUACAAGGAACAAGAAGGAAGCUCACAAAAUUAUGAAGGACUUGAUUAAAGUGGCAAUAAAAAUUGGGAUCCUCUACCGAAACAAUCAAUUCAACCAAGAAGAGCUGGAAAUCGUAGACAAAUUCAGAAAGAAGUUGAAUCAGACAGCCAUGACAAUUGUCAGUUUUUACGAAGUAGAAUACACCUUUGAUAGAAAUGUUCUUGCAGAACUUCUGAAUGAAUGUAAAGACCUGGUGCACGAACUGGUAGAGCGACACCUGACGCCCAGGUCCCAUGGGCGUAUCAACCAUGUCUUCAAUCACUUUGCAGAUGUGGAAUUCCUCACUGCCCUGUAUAGCCUUGAUGGGGAUUGCCGACCACACCUCAAAAAGAUCUGUGAUGGAAUCAACAAACUACUUGAUGAGAAAGUCCUUUGA